UACGAAUUCACUCAAGGUCAAAGUGGCUUAGUAACCACAUUAAAACCUAUUGUCGAACAUUGGUCUUACCCUCAGUUCGCAAAAGCAGUCCUUGACGAGUACAACAAAUUCUUCUCCGAAGUCAAAUCCAAAGUCAAGGUUUACUAUGAGAACAUUGACGCACUCAUGACGAACGAAGAAGGAUACAACAAACUCAUUGAAAUGGGAAUGGUCGGUGAAAAGAUGGGUCAAUUCAAAUUGGACAAAAUUUUCACCGAAGUUCAUGUCCUCUCCAAGCGUAAGUACUGG